CGACGCCAUUUUCAUAUUUGUUCUUUCUUAGGAACACGUCAAAAGUUUCAUUUCGAUCUGUUAAUUUAUUCAUUGUUUAACCGCCCUUUAUAUCUAACGUGCUGUGCCUUUCUUCAGGUAUGGAUAAAAUUGAGCAACGUGCAGUUAUCAAAUUCUUUGUAAAGAAAGGUUUAAAGGCAAUGGAAAUUCACACCGAAAUGGCGAAUAUGUUGGGGAAAUCUGCUCCUUCAAAAACAAUGGUUUGCAAGUGGGCUAGUUUAUUCAAAAGUGGUCGUACCAGCCUUGAAGACGAUCCGCGAGAGGGACGUCCAAAAACUGCAUCAACACCGGAAAUCAUCGGAAAAAUACAAGAUAUCGUAUUGGAAGACCGUCGAUUGACUGAAAGAGAUUUAACAGAGGCUUUAGGCAUUUCAUUGGGCACAGUGACCAAUAUUUUGAGUGUUAAUUUGGGUUUCAAAAAACUCUGUGCAAAAUGGGCGCCGCAUUCUCUAACGAUGGAGCAAAAACACAUUCGGAUGCGACUUUGCCAGCAACAUUUGGAGCUUUUUAAGAAGAAUAAAAGCGACUUUCACAGCAUCGGUUGCUGA